CUACGGCGCUCUCCGGCUACGACCACCAGGACCACAUCGACACAAAUAUUACCCCGCCGACAAUGAGCAGCAAGACGGGACCCCUCGUGCUCGUGACGGGCAUCAGCGGCUUCUUUGCCCAGUUCGUCGUCGACAGCCUGCUGGCCUCGCCGGAGCAGUACCGGAUCCGCGGCACGCUCCGCAGCCUCGCCAAGCGCGACGCCGUCCUGGCCCGCUUGCCCGAGCAGGAGCGCACACGCGUCGAGUUCGUCGAGGUCAAGGCGACCGAGAGCUCGGAUCUGAGCGAGGCGCUGCGCGGCGUCGACCUCGUCGCGCACACCGCCAGCCCCUACCAGCUCGACGUGCACGACGUCGAGGCCGAGCUGCUCCGGCCUGCGCUCGAAGGCACGCUCAACGUGCUCCGCUACGCCAAGCAGCAGCCGUCGGUCAAGCGCAUCGCCAUCACCUCGAGUUUCGCGGCCGUGACAGACUUCAACAAGGGCGGGCCCAACCGGCCCGGCUUUACUUACACGGAGCGCGACUGGAACCCCGAGGGGUGGGAGGAUGCCGUCAAGUUUGGCGGCGCCGGCGCAAGGGCCUACUCUGCCAGCAAGAAGAUUGCCGACAAGGCCGCCUGGGACUUUGUCGAGCAGGAAAAGCCACAAUUUGUCGUCUCGACAUUCAACCCGCCCAUGAUCUAUGGUCCGCCGAUCCAGCCGGGCAUCAAGGACGUCUCGUCGCUCAACACGUCGGCCAUGGCCAUCUACCGGCUCAUCAGCCGCCUCGACUCGCUGCCCGACGACCGCCUGCCGCUCUUCUGCCACGCGCGCGACGUCGCCGACGCCCACGUCCAGUGGCUCGCCUACCCGCGCGAGCCCGUGCCGCUGCACCGAUACCUGCUCUGCGGCGGCGCCUUUUACUGGAAGAUGGCCUGCGAGCACAUCAGCCAGACCCGCCCAGAGCUGGCGGACCGCCUGCCAAAGGGCUGGAAGGACGCCCAGGACAAGGACCCAGAGACGGCCCUCGCCAAGCUCGACACGACGCCGGCGCAACAGGAGCUCGGGAUUAAGUUCAGAGACUGGAAGACGACGCUCGACGAGACCCUCGACGGCCUCCUUGCGCUUGAAAAGGGCUGGAAGUAGAUACCUUGCUGCAGUCCCCUUCUCUGUCCUAAAUGGCUAGCAGUCUAUUGCUAGUAGGAAUCAG